UUGAUUCAUUAGUAAAGACUGCAUUCGAAUAACAUAUUGAACAUGGUUUUGUUCGUACUUUUUGUAGCUAGUUUACUGAUUGUGACACAACAUGUGUACUCCUCAGCACCAUGCUGCAUGCCAGAUAAGUUUGAAUCGCACGAGUAUUUAGAAGCAAGUAUCAUCAACUUGGUCAAGUCAACUUAUUUACAAACGGCAAAUGUGAAUAUCUCGUUUGAUUUUACGAGCAAAAAAACAGUGGCUGUUAUAUAUAACAUAAAGGCAGACGGAAAAAGUUUUCCGUCAAUGUCUAUACUUGUCGAUUAUGAGGCGGGAGUUGCCUACAUUGUUCAAAACAAUAAGUGUACCAAGAGUGCAGCUCCUAGGAAAAUGCAACGUGCUUGUGUACCAGAAAUUUUCAAGAUCGCUGAAACUACACAUUUUGGGGCUGGUUCAGAGAUGUUACCUGUACAUAAAUAUCAGUACAGCUAUGGAAAUACUACAAGCAGAUUUACAGUUACAGCAAAGAACUGUUAUUACAUCAGCUACGAAGCUCACGAUUCCCAAAGACCAGAAGAAAGGCCACGUGGUGAAGUAUUUGGAAUCACACUAGGAAUUAAAGAUCCAUCAGUCUUUAGUGUUCCUGCUCUAUGUAAGAAGACAGCUGAUCCACAGGAUGUACCAGAAUACCAGGCAGGCAAAUUCCAUCCGUUUGUUUGACGAGAAAGAAAAAAAUUCGUCGACUAACAUGUUUAUGUCUCUCAGUUUCUUAACAUUUAAAAGUAACAAUUCUCCAAAAAUAAUUUGUGAAGAUGAAAUCCAUCAGAUGAUGCCUUGGAAACAUAAAAUAUUAGUAUACGCACAUGUAAUUUUAUUUUAAAAAAAUCUUACCUUUUAUUCUUAUUUAGAAGGGAAGAAAUGGACAUUUUUGUGAAACUUUCAUGGGAGGAAAAUUCUACGGCUUUUUAAUUUGAAUAUACAAUGCUAUGGUCAUCUGUUUACUAGUAUAUACAAUGUAUAUACGAUAUCCCUCCAAUUUCAUAACUAAUUGUUAAAGGUAUCAUAAUCUACUUAUUAGGACUGAUGAUUUUAUUUUUGUAAUUGUUUUUAUAAUAGGUGAAACUUUAAUAAAAUAUUGUCUUAUUU